UUAGUUCUCCUACAAUACAAAUUAGGGAGCCAAAUUACAUAAAAUCAACAUGUCUAAGAAACUCCAAAAAUCCCUUCAAGAAUACAUCUCAAAGAUCAAAAAACAAACUCCACACCUACAAUUCUCUCAUAGUUCCCUUUCCUCCACCACUAGCAAGAUCAUAUCAGGGUGUAAGCACCCAAAGAGCCUCUCCUUUUCCGGCGACCGCCGCCACAAGAUUCACCACGAUGAUGAUCCGUCCGCCACGGCCGCCACCUUGGAGGACAUUGAUAAUUUCCUAAUCGAGAAUUUCAAGUCAUUGUACGGUGGCAAAGACCGUGAUUACCAUCAAAACGACGAGUAUGAUGAACCUAAUAGUAGUAAUAAUAAUUCUCAUGGAUUCUUCACUCCACCUAGGGACCUUUGUGGGUCCCACCGGUUUUUCGUCUCCUCCACCUCCUCGAGCUCGUUGGUCGAGGAGGCGGUGAUGACGAACACCACCGAGGACGACGGCGGGGGGUCCACCUCUACAACAACCUCCACCCCAAGGGCCACCGGCCGCCACCACGACAACGACGGCGAUGACAAUAUCAACACCGAUAAAUCGGCGAUUCCACCUGGGAUCGAGGAUUGCAUAGCACUUCUAACGGUGUCACCAAGUCCAUAUGAGGAUUUUAGGAAAUCCAUGAAAGAGAUGUUGGAUGCAAGGAUUAAGAACAAGCAAAGGGUAGAUUGGGAUUUCAUGGAAGAAUUAUUAUUUUGUUACUUGAGGUUGAACGAGAAGAAACAAUAUAGGUACAUUCUUAGUGCAUUUGUGGAUUUGGUUGUGGUUUUGCGUCAAAAUUCGAGGAAUUAGAGAGAGGGCCGGAAGGGUCAUGCAGUUGAUAUGGAGAUCAAAUAACGUCUAAUAAAAUUAAUUAAUUACGUAGUAACUAAUUAAGGGGAGUUUUUAUUAAAUGUUUAUUUUGCUAAUAAUGCUAUAAUAUCAUAAUCGUCAUUGGUUGAUGAUGUUCACACUUCACAGAAAUUUUAUAUAGUUGGUAUUAUAGUAUAGUAUUUUGAUUUUUGAAUAUGAUGUUGUAGUUUUCUCGUUGAUCAAAA